GUGUUCUUGUCUUCCCCUCUUGGCACUCGAGCCGACUCGUCGCCUCUGCUCCUCGCUCUCGCCCUCUUCUGCGAACGGCGACCGCCGCCUGAGCCAGCCAGCCGCCGCGCCAUCGCCGGAAGGUGAGAGCCUCGGUCGUUUCCGCUCCUACUAUCUGUCAUAGGUUUCGUUGAGGGAACGAGGACGAGACGCGCGGGAUCGACUUCAAUGGAGGAGGAACGCUUGGAUUCUACUGUCAAAAAGGAAAAGAGAAGGAAGAAGAAGAAGGAGAUCGAGGCAAUGGUGAGCGAAAGGGAAUCGGAGGCCGGCGGUGACGAGAGGGAGGAGAGUAGGAAAAGGAGAAGGAAGAAGAAGCUUCUAGAGGAAGCUGCGGAGGGCGGUGAACAGCGAGCUAUGAGCAUCGAUAGCGAGAUUGACGGUCGUGAGAACGGAGAGGAUAGUAAUCAGAAUGAAGGCGCCGGCCCUGCGAGAGCGAGGGAUGUCGACUCCGCGAAUCCUCCGGACGAAUUGAAGAUGGAAUCGAAUGGCGAGAAGCCGUUGAAGACAAUUAGGAAGAAGAAGAAGAAGCAAUUGGCGGAAGAGGCUGCUCGAGCCGGGAAUCGCGGGGUCUGCUACUUGAGCCGGAUUCCUCCUCACAUGGAUCAUGUGAAACUUCGUCGGAUUCUUUCUCAGUAUGGAGAGAUUCAGAGGAUAUAUCUUGCACCUGAAGAUCCCGCGGCUCAAGUGAAGCGCAAACGAGCUGGCGGCUUUCGUGGACAAGAAUUCUCGGAAGGAUGGGUUGAAUUUGCCAAGAAAAGUGUUGCAAAGAGAGUUGCCGACGUGUUAAAUGGUGAACAAAUAGGAGGGAAGAAGAGGUCCUCAUUUUAUUAUGAUCUCUGGAAUAUCAAGUAUUUGAGCAAAUUCAAGUGGGAUGAUCUUACUGAAGAAAUCGCUUAUAAGAAUGCUAUUCGGGAGCAAAAGCUGGCUUUAGAACUUUCCGCUGCCAAGAGGGAGCGGGAUUUCUAUCUUUCUAAGGUCGAUAAGUCCCGAGCCUUAAGUUCCAUAGAAGAACGGCUCAAGAAGAAGCAAGAGUUACAAGAAGGUUCAGCGAAAAGUCCUGAGCAACCGAUCAGCCAUCCGGUGGUGAAGGUGAUUCGCCAGUUCCCAAAAGCAACCGGUUGCUGA